AUGCAUACAAAAUUGAUGACUACAUGUUUAUGUUUUUUCAUCGUUAUUGUUAGUAUGACAAUAAUAUCGACUGCAUCACUUGAAAAUGAUGAAUAUUCACUUGCUAAUAAUGAUUGGAUCAAUAUGGAUACUUAUUAUCCAACAUAUGAAUUUGAUACUCGUGCAAUUAACUCACGUUUUUGGAAACGUUUACCACACCGUCACUUUUGGAAACGAUCAGUUGUUGAAUCAAAAAUAAAACAUAACAAUAUGAUGAAAUCUAUUUCCAAACAAAGCCAACAACAAGACAAACAUUAA